CCUGAAUUCUUAAGCAGCUUGGUCCCUUAGUGCGUGUGUGUCUUUUUCACGCCUUUUGAAAGAGAACAUUACUGAUCUUGGUUCAUGACCAUUGAAAUCGACGAAACAUUAAAACGACUAUCGUCCCGGCGAGGCGUCAAAGCUGUUGUCAUUUUAAACAGUGAAGGUCAAGCAAUUCGAUCAACACUCGACGAUGAGCUGACGAAGCAAUAUGGGCAACUGAUUUCUACACUUGUUCAACAAGCACGAACAACUGUUGCUACUUUAGAUGAACAGAAUGAUCUUACGUUUUUGCGCGUACGUACGAAAAAGCACGAAAUAAUGAUCGCUCCAGAUCACGAAUACCUCCUGAUUGUGGUUCAAAAUCCACAAGAAGCAAUGCAAUAAAAGUUGUUUUGUUAUAUUUUUUUUUUCUAAUAAAGAAAAGAGUAUA